AUGUCUUCUGAGAUGCAGCUUCCUGCUUUUGGCCAGAUAAUAGCAGUGGAUCCUGAAAUCCAUAGGAGGGGAGAUGUACCCGAGUUUGAAAAGCACCAUAAUAAAGAAAGCCUGACCACCCAAAUACCUUGUCCUAGCAACAAUGCCUGCCUUUUGGGGUCACAAGAAAUACACAUGCUAAAGAUCAACUGUGACGAUUUCCUGGAGAUGAGGCUCCAACACCAACAUAGCCCCUCGUCACCUGAUAUAGAUUACAUUCCCAUCCAGGUGGAAAUCAGAGACAAAAUGAGCCAAUUUCAAGUACAGACAGAAAAUGUUUGGAUUCCUGUGAAGAUAAGGGGAGCCAUUCACAGCCGUGCUGCAUUUAAGUUCAUGUUCAUCUUGGAGAUCGAUCAGUUUAUUCUUACCCCACUUACAACAGCAGUUAUAGAUGCUGAAGAUGAAGAAAUGCCAAAGAAUAGAUUAGUGAUCAGCAUUACUAAGCCCCCACUGGAAGGAUACAUUACCCAUCUGGAAGACCACACCAAGGCCAUUACAUCAUUCAGUUGGCAGGAUUUAUUUGAGAUGAAGGUCGCCUAUCAGCCAUCCACUGUGUCUUAUUCUGAGAGACAAAACUAUGAGGUUGAAUUCCAAGCAAUUGAUAGUAUCCUCAAGAGCAGUUCUCCUAUCAUCGUCCAUUUUUCAAUAAGAAGUGCUGAGACUAAUGCUCCUAAGGUUGCAUGGACCAUGGAGCUUGGCUUGUUGGAAGGACAGUCACGUGCAGUUACCUGGGACACCCUCCAGAUUGUAGACAAUGAUAAUCUUGAUGCAGUUCAGCUGGAGGUGGUGGAAGGUCCACAGCAUGGAUGGAUCACAGUUCAAGGAGGCAAAGGAUUUAGGUUUACAAUUAAAGAUAUCAAAGAUGGAGUUGCCCAUUACCAGCAUGAUGAUAGUGACACAACCAAAGACUAUAUCGUCUUCAGAAUCUAUGAUGGAAGGCACAGCAUGAGAUGUAAGUUCCCCAUUAAUAUCCUUCCUAAAGAUGACAGGCCACCAAUCCUGGUGAACAACAUCCUCUUUGAGCUAGAUGAAGGAGAGACAGUCCUCAUAGAAAAGCACAUGCUAAUGUAUUUUGAUUUUGACUCAAGUGAUGAUUAUAUUCUCUACAAAAUAACCAGGCCACCAAGUGCUGGCAAGACUUUCACGAAAUAUCUUCCAGAUGGACCAGGUAUUCCUGUAUUGAGCUUCUUGCAAAGGGAUCUUUUUUAUGUCCUCAUAUACUACCACCAUCUGAGAGGGGAGAUUUUUCAGGAUUCAUUUGAGUUUAUUUUAUCUGACAGCUGAGAACGCACAAAUCUUUCAGAUAUUCAAACUGUGAAGAUUCACAUUGUGCCAGUGAAAAACCAAUUGCCUGAGGAAGUUCCCGGGACUAAAGAAACGGAGAUUGCGCACAUCACAAAGAAGUAUCUCCAUUUUACAGAUGCCGAAUCUCCUGACAAUCAGCUCAUGUUCAUAGUCACUAAAUCAUGUUUCUCUCCAACUUCUCCUGGAUAUCAUGCCGUAACACAUUUGAAGGUUGCAUACAUGCCCCCACAAGGAGACAGAGACCCUGACCCGCUGUUUGUACAGUUUCAGUUUUCUGUUGGCAACCAGCAGGGAGGUGUGGUGGCUGGACUCAACUUUAACAUCGCAGUGAUGCCUGUGGAUGAUGAAGCACCAGAGAUUUUCACCAGUCACCUAAAAACAGAGGAAGGGGCCAGUUCUUUCAUCACUGGAGAAAACGUAAUGGUAACUGACCUGGACACUAAGAAUGGUAACUUUUGAAUUUAGUUAAAGAAAUGUCCUCACCAUGGGCACGUUGAAUUUCAUGGACUCAUUAUGGUGGAAGGAGAUAUAUUUACCCCUGAGGACUUGCAGUCUCACAAAGUCAGGUACCAACAUGAUGAUUCAGAAACCCUUGAAGAUAUAGUCAUAUUUUCAGCAACAGAUGGAUUUAACACUGCAGAUGGAGUGUUAAGAGUGCAGAUUAUACCAAUUAAUGAUGAGCCCCCUGAGAUACAGGAAGGUUUGAAGUCAAGACUGGAGUGCCCAGAGGGAGGAAUUGUUGCUAUCACCACGGAAUACCUUUAUGCUACAGACGUUGAUAGCUAUGACAUGAAACUGACAUACAUGAUUGCUCGUGCUCCAGCACAUGGGGUGAUUCAGAAGACUGGAGGCGCAGUAGAUGCAUUCUUCCAACUCGAUGUUUUUCAGAGAUGUGUCUUCUACAUCCAUACAGGGAACUUGUUUGUAGUGGAUGAGGGAUCUUCAGCAUGUAUCAGCUUGAACUAUCUGAAUGCUUCUGAUGAGGACACACUCCCUGAGGAACUAAACUUCACGUUGGAGACAAACCCUCGGUAUGGUUACCUAGAGAACAUCUUUCCCUCACCUGGUUAUGAGAAGAGCAAUGCUGGACUCAAUGUAAGCUCAUUCAGUCUUCGGAGUCUCCGGGCUGGUUAUAUCAACUAUGUUCAGUCUAAGCACGAGCAGCUGGAACCCACUGCUCAUCACUUCAUGAUUGCGGUUAGUGAUGGCCUGCACAAGUCCAUGGCGGUGCCAUUCUAUGUUAUCAUCAAUCUGGUUAAUGAUGAAAUCCGAGAUCUUCGACUCAAGAACGUAACAUGUGCAGGUUUCCACCCCCCUCCUACAGGACUGAUGCUAGUGUACAUGCAUGAUGACACAGAAAGCCUAGAGGAUAGUUUUACCAUGAAGCUGACAGAUGGCAAGCACACAGUCCAAGGGACACUUUACAUCUACAUCAUGCCAGUCAACGAUGAAAUCCCUCAUCUUUCCAGGAUUGCAGAUUUGGAGGUUGAAGUUGCUGAAAAAAAGGUCAUUUUUAGUGUAACAUUAGAAGCAGAAGACAAAGGUUCUCCAAGGGAGAAACUGUACUACAUCCUCAUUGAUGUGCCAAAGUUUGGAGACUUAAAAUUAAAGCAACGUAUGAGAGCCCAGGGAGACCAGUGUGAGAAGGACAAUGGUCAGAACUGUACAACUCCUAGCACCUUAAGUGAAGAAGGCACCAUGGUGAUCAUGUUGGCUUUAUGGUUACUUUUUGCCUUCUGUGUGUCCAGAGCCAACCAUGUUACAUUGCUUUUCAGGGUACCACAGCUUGGACUGCUCUCUGUUCCAGGAGAGGAUGUGGACAUGAAUUGCCUCUCGUAUUUCCAUACCAACAUUGUGGAUCUAAAGAGCCGUGAUAGUUUCCGGUUUCAUGUGAUGGAUGGGGAGAACACCUCCCCAUCUGAAAGCUUCCAUCUCUCCAUUAGAAAUGUUGGCAAAGGUGACAUUGUUCUACUCACCAAACCUGUAACUUUAACAGAGGGUGACAGGGUGACCUUGACGACAGAUGUUCUUGUGGCAACAGAUGGCACUAGCAAACCCGAGAAGCUGCUGUAUGCCAUCUCCAUGCCACCUGUGCAUGGUCAGAUUGAGUACAUCAAUUAUCCCGGCGUGCCCAUUUCCAGUUACAGCCAGUUGGAUGUGGUGGCCCAGAAGGUCUGCUAUGUUCAUGACAAUAGCCAUGAGGCUAGUAAGGAUUCAUUCAGUUUCACCAUUGCCAAUGGUCAGAUGAAUAGAAGUGGGCAGCUGGAGUUCAAUAUUGAGCACGCUGAUCGCGUUCCCCCUACCUUGGUUAACAACAAAGGCAUCCAUGUAGUGGAGAGUGGCACAGGAGUGAUCUCACCAGAUGUUCUUCAGCUUAGCGACCUGGACAGUCCAUUAAAGAACCUGACUUACAUAGUGACCCAGCACCCACAGUAUGGCCACCUAUACAUGAAAGAGACUGUUUUGCACUGGAGCCAGUUUAUACAGGUGGAUGUUAAUGCCAUGGAAGUAUACUACAGACACAGCAGAGAUGCUGGGCAAAUAGAUAAGUGUUCAUUUAUAGCUACAGAAAAGUCACUUGUGGCUUUCUGGUCAAUGGGCAAAUGA